AUGCCCGGGAUGUCGUCCCCUUCCGCAUCCCGCUCCGUUCCGCAAACCAUGCCACCUGCGUCGAUUACCCCCGCGGGUUUCCCCAGAAGCCCCCUGGUUUCCGCCGUAGAGAUGCCCGCAGGCGCAGUCCCCUCCGCUCUCCUGCCCGCGGGCGCAGUUCCCCCCGUUCCCCCUGGCCUCUCCGCGGUUCAAGUCUGCAUGUCGCCGCUGCUGAUGCCGGCGCCGCUGCAGCUACCGCAUGCACCUCUCGCGCCGGUUAUGCGGCCGGUUAUGUCGCCGGUUAUGCAGCCCGUUCUGUCACCGGCUAUGCAGCCGACUAUGUCGCCAGUACUGCGGCCAGUUAUGUCGCCGGUUCUGCGGCCGGUUAUGCCGGUGAUGCACCCGAAUCUAGUGAGCACGCUCAAGUCUAUUAUCUCUUCGUCCCCCUCCGAUCAACAAAGUCUGGCGCAGGGGCAGGGGCAGGCGCAGGCGCAGGGGCAGGCGGAGGGGCACGCGCAGGUGCAGGCGCAAAGGCAGACGCAGGGGCAGGAGGAGAGGCAAGUACAGGCGCAGGCGGUGACGCAGGGAUGGGGACAGAGGGAGGCGCGGGAACAGGCGCAGAUGCGCCUCUCUGCUUCUCUGCCGUCCCUCCCCCGCGUUCCAGAAGCUUCCGUUCCGCUUGAUCCCGGCUUCGCGGAACCUUCCCCCCCCACUGCCUCGCCUGCUUCUUCCCCCACUGCUGCUCUCCCCCGUUUGCCCCCGCUUUACUGCUCCGCCGCUUCCGCGUCCCCGCGAGGGCACUGCGCCCGCGUGCCGUCCCGCGCGUCCCCAGCCCCUCCUCUAGCAUCCCCGCCCGCAACACCUUCCGCCCAGCCUGCGCGCGAUCCCCCAUUCCCCGCCGCAUGCCCCCUCGCGUGCCCGCCCGCGCCUGCGUCCGCGCCAUCUACUCCCUCCGCCCAAUUCGCUUCCGCCCCGCCUCUCCACCCCGCGUGCCUGUCCGCGCCUGCGUUUCUGUCUUCCGCGCCCGCCCUUCCCCCGCCCUCCCGCGCGCCAGUAGCCGCGGACGGGUCUUCCGCCCUCCGCUCUGCUGCUUCCGCGGGCUCCCUCCCCCAGCCCCUCACACUGCCGCCCAGCAGUGUGCCGCCCAGCAGCCAUUCAGGGGACACUUUGCCGCCCAUGCCGCCCAGCAGCCAUUCAGGGGACACUUUGCCGCUCAUGCCGCCCAGCAGCAUCGCAGACAGUACCAUUCUACCCACUAGGCCACAGAACAUGGAGUGUUUGAAGCGCGGAUUGGAGGAGGAAGGGAGGGAGGCUGGUUGGGACUCGGUUCCUUGUCAGAAGAGAGCGAGAAGGGAGAGUAGAGCGGCCGUUGCUGACGGUGCUGCUGCUGCUGGUGCUGUUGGUGCUGUUGGUGCUGUUGGUUCUGCUCGCGCGGUUGAGUCUGCCGCUUCUGCUGCUGCUGUUGCUGCUGCUGCUGCUGACGCUUCUGCCGCUGUUGACGCGGUUGAGUCUGCUGGUGCUGCUGGUGCUGCUUGUGCUUCUGAGUCACCCGUUCUCUCAGCCCCUCCCACCUUUCCCCGCCCCGCCCCACCUCCCGACAGCGCCGUUCUGCUAGACUCUCUCAUUCUACCUGACCCCCCUGAGCCUGUUUCCACCCCUGAGCCUCCUAUCUCUCAGGACCUCCCCCUUUUGCCUCCCCCUCUGCCCGAUGCCACGCUUCUUGUUUCCCCUACUCUUGAGACGUCUCAAAAUUCAACCGUUGCUGCAGCUGUCGCUGACCCCCCUGAGCCUGUUUCCACCCCUGAGCCUCCUAUCUCACAGGACCUCCCCCUUUUGCCUCCCCCUCUGCCCGAUGCCACGCUUCUUGACGCCCCUACUCUGCUAGACCCUCCCACCCUCUUGGAGCCGCCUUCUCUGCGAGACCCCUCGGUGCUGCCAGUGCAUUCACCUCUCCCUGACGUUUCCGCCGUCGACCUGCCUCCUUUGGACCUGCCGCCCACUCUGCCGCCCGCUUUGCCGUCCGCUCUGCCGCCGGUGCUGCCGUCCGCCCUGCCGCCCGUGCUGCUGCCAACUGGGAAAACGACAGAGCAACGGCUAGACGUUCCAGCAAUUGACGUUGCUGCAGCACCAGAUUCGGUUGUAGCGAAUGUGGUUGUAGCAAAUGAAGCUGUAGUAGGCGCGGCUGUAGCGGACGCGGCUGUAGCGGAUGCAGUUGUGGCGGAGGUGGUUGUAACGGAUGGGGUUGUAGUGAAUGCGAUUGUAGCAGAUGGGAAUAUAGCAGAUUCGGUUGUAGCAGGUGCAGCUGUAGCGGAUGGGGCACUAGCAGAGGAGGUUGAAGCAGCACAAGGAGUUGCAGAUGCUGGGGGCUCAGGCGUGUUGGCCUUGACAGGCUCGCUAGCCUUCCUGCCAGCCUCCCUGCCUGGAGCAGCUGCUGGAGAGCUAGUCAGUGUCUCUGCUAGGGAUACUGGUAGAACAGCCACUUCUUUCUUUGGGAAAGCAGAGAUUGCUGUUGUUAAUGGCUUCCCAGCACCUAUCCCUACCACCACUGUUGCCACUGCCAAUUCCCAACCAGCAGAUACCCCUUCCGCCACUACCAAUAGCAAACCAGCGCAUAUCCCUACCGCCACUGCCAAUGGCAAGCCAGCAGCGCACACCCCUACCGCCAGACAAGCAGAGAUCGUCUCACUGGACCUUAUCCACAACCGCCGCCCGUUUCUCUGCCACGUCAGCGACUGCGGGAAAACGUUCAAGAACUGGCAGACGCUGAAGAUGCAUCUGCGCACGCACGAUCUGCCCGACGCGGUGUUCCAGGCGGCGUGUGAGGAUGCUCUGGGGCCGCGGCACGGGGGCAGCAAGGCCGGGCAGAAUAAAAAGAUUCCGUCGCGCUGCCCGGAGUGCGGGAAGACGUUUGUGGGGCUGUAUGAGCUGAGGCGGCAUUUUGGGCGGAAGCACCAGCAGGGGGAGAAGCCGUUUGCGUGCGCCAAGUGCAGCAAGCGGUUCUUUGUUGAGGCGGAUCUGAGGGACCAUGGGAAGAUGUGUGGGCAGAUGCUGGUGUGUCGCUGCGGCAUGCAGUUUGCCUUCAAGUGUAACCUUGUCAACCACAUGCGCUCCCGCCCCCUCUGCCAACUCCUCUCCGCCGCCAACCCCAUUCCGCCCCCCGCUGCUGCCGCUUCCGCUGCUGUGGCUGCUGCUACUGCUGCUGCCGCUGCUGCUGCUGGAAGUGCAGGGGGAGGGGGAGGGGGUGGGGAAGGGCUAGGGGAAGGGGCAGAGGCAGGGGCAAGGGCAGGAGGAGCAGUGGGAGUGCAGGCAGGGGCGAUGGCAGGCUUUUCGAAGCCUGCUAGUCGUGGUACUGCUAAGAGGGGCAGGGCUGCUGCUUGUGUCGGGAGGAUGGGGAGGGCGGGGAGAGGGGAUAGUGCUUGUGCUGCUGCUGCUGCUGCUGCUGCUGCUGCCGCUGCUACUGCCGCUAAUAAUGCAGCUGUCGCUGCCAGCGGGUCAAGAGUGUACGCCCUUGCCCCACAGGACCCUAAUGUGCGUGCCGAGCCUGGAACGCAACCUGGAACGCAACCUGGAACGCACCCUGGAACACACCCUGGGAUGCACCUGCAGCAGUAUCCUAGUGCUUUGGGCCUUACCCCGUUCCCAUCGCUCAUUCCCAGUCCAGUUUACCCAUACCAUCCUCCUCCUCAAGCUUCGAUCACCACCACUCCUGCUACAGCCACUGCUUCUAUAGUCACCACUGCUACAGCCGGAGCUAGUGUUGCUGCUACAGCCGGCACUGUGUUUCCUGCUGUUCCUGCUGACCUGGCCGCCAGCUCAUCUGCUCCAUUGAUGCACGUGGCUACAGCCGUAUCUGCUGGUGCUACAGCUUCUGGCACUACAGCUGCCGGUGCCACAGCUGCCGGUGCUACAGCCUUCCUCCCCCCCAUGGGAUUUGUGCCGUUCAAUGCUCCUUAG